UUGUGAACUUGUGAUGUUUAAAGAUGCUGAUGUUACUGUAUCAAAUGUGUCUUUUUGGAUUGUUUAUUAAAGUGGAAAUAUGUGUUUUGCGAAAUGAAUUUUUUCAAGUCCAGCAGAUGAAGAUUAAUAGACCUAGCUAAUUUAAUAUUAUCGUCUGUUUUAUGGCGUGCGCAGUGCUGCCAAGUUAACUGUAAAUAUUUGACUUGUAAAUGGAGAUUUCUAUAUCUUUCUUGUCCUUUUAGUUGGAGCCAUGAGCUAUAAGCGACAAUCACACCACUAAAUAACAACAUUCGGAGCUUGCUAGAUAAAAAGAAAUUUAAUAUCUGAUCCUUGGGCUACCUGGGGUGUGGCCUAAUGGCAACCUAUAAUGGACCAUAGGAGAUCAGGGUUCUAAUUCUAGCAUAGUCAAAAAAGAAAAACUUAGGUGGUUUCCUUCCGUCGUUCCAAGUCUUGGUAGGCAGAGAUACUCGGUAUAUGUGCUGGUGGAAGGUAGCAAGUACUCAGUGGGCUAGUCCUGGUGUGGCAAGUUGACAUUGAUUAACCGCUUAUAAGAGCAAUGGCAACUGGAAGUCCUUAUUUUGAUGACCUGCGAUGUCAAUCUGAGGUCAUUAAUCCUCCACGAAAUGAAGACUGCACGGACAUUGGUGAACAUAUGAAUGAGCUUGCUCAGCAUACAACAAAACCUAAUGUGACUGUUUCUAGUAGUGUUCGUGAAUUAUUGGAAUGCCCAGUAUGCUUAAAUGCUAUGUAUCCACCCAUUCAUCAGUGUUCCAACGGUCACACACUGUGUUCGGGUUGCAAACCUAGGGUGCAUAAUCGCUGUCCAACAUGUCGGCAUGAGCUUGGUAAUAUUCGAUGCCUUGCAUUAGAGAAGGUUGCUGCAUCUCUUGAGCUCCCAUGUAAAUAUCAGAGCUUUGGAUGUAUAGGAAUCAUUCCUUACUACAGCAAGCUGAAGCACGAAUCUGAAUGCUCUUUCAGACCCUAUAAUUGCCCCUAUGCGGGCUCAGAGUGCACCGUCAUUGGUGACAUCCCAUAUUUAGUUGCCCAUUUGAAAGAUGAUCACAAAGUUGAUAUGCAUGUCGGCAGUACUUUCAAUCAUCGUUAUGUAAAAGCAAAUCCCCAUGAAGUGGAAAAUGCUACAUGGAUGCUCACUGUUUUCAGUUGCUUUGGUCAGUACUUCUGUUUACACUUUGAAGCAUUUCAACUUGGAAUGGCACCAGUUUAUAUUGCAUUUUUACGGUUCUUGGGUGAUGAUGAAACGGCAAAGAACUUUAGCUACAGUCUUGAAGUUGGAGGCAAUGGAAGGAAGAUGAUUUGGCAAGGGGUACCAAGAAGCGUUAGGGACAGUCACCGUAAGGUUAGAGACAGUUUUGAUGGCCUCAUCAUUCAACGUAAUAUGGCGCUCUUCUUUUCUGGUGGAGACCGGAAAGAAUUGAAGCUUAGAGUUACUGGUAGGAUAUGGAAAGAACAAUGAUGUCGCAGGAGACUUCUUAGUACUCUUUCAAUCCAAGGACUAGGUUUUAUUCGUCUAGCAAUCAGUUGAAGUCUUCUGAUCAAUGUAUUUUUCUUGAACAAGGAGCAACAUCUCUUUGCUUGUCCAUGAUAAAAAUACAUUAGUGAGAAGGCCUAGUUAUUUUGAGGAAUGCAUCUUGCUCUAGGUGGUAUUGCUGACUAAUAUGUGCUACAGCAAAUGAUGUCAAUCCAUGAAGUUCUUUUUACUGAAA